GCCGUCGUCAGACAGAAGCUUCGUUUCUGCUGUCUCUGACUCGGUUAUGGAGGGCGUGCUAGCUACGGCAGAGGGAAACGUUUUAGCAAAGCUGGUGAAGAUAGCGCAGAAGCGAGGUUUAAAAGGCGAACAUGGAACAUGGAAGGAGUUUCUAGAUUUUUACGACAAACAGCCCGGAUCCUCGAGCUUGAGUGAUCCUUCCAAGCGGAACCGAGAUGAUUUGGUCGCUUUUCUUACUACACUCAAGAAGAAAGAAGAUUUGCAGGUGUUGGCUAGUGCUCUGAAACUCGAGAAUGAUCUUUUUGAGAAAUUCAGAAAGAGAUCUCUGGAUGAGACUGCUGAGCAGAGGCUAGUUCGAAUGACUCUUACGCAUAAGGAGUACCCAGUAGACUACUUGUUCCCAUCUAACGCUGAGGAUUGGGUUGUAAGAGGGCUUGGAAAGAAGACGAUGGAACCGACCAAGAUCGAAAUGAUUGCCAUUGAUUGUGAGAUGGUUCUUUGUGAAGAUGGGAGUGAAGCUGUUGUAAGAGUUGCUGCAGUUGACCGUGAUUUAAAGGUGAUUCUUGACGAAUUUGUGAAACCGCAUCAACCUGUUGUUGACUAUAGGACUUUCAUUACUGGACUUGCUGCUAAAGAUCUUGAAAAGGCUACUCUCUCUGUGGCAGAUAUACAGGAAAAAUUGCAGAUGUUUCUCUCUGAGGAUACUGUUUUGGUAGGUCAAAGCUUGAAUAAUGAUCUAAAAGUACUGAAGAUGGAUCAUGCCAGAGUAAUAGAUACUUCACUUGUGUUUAAGUAUAACUAUGACGGUACAAGAAAGCCUUUACGACUUAAAAAAACUUCUUUGAAUUAUCUGUGCAAGUGUAUAUUGGGAUAUGAAGUGCAGAAAGAAGGUGUUCCCCACAAUUGUGUUCAUGAUGCAGAAGCUGCAAUGAAACUUGUACUUGCUAUACUAGAGAAUGGAGUAGAGACCUCUGUUCCACUAUCUAAAGAGAUGGUGGAAGCUGACAAGUCAAGGCUCUACCUUCAUAGAAUCCCUUGCAAUGUUCCUUAUGAAGAGUUAAAUGGAAUUGUAUCCAGGGAUAUCCCACAUGACAUUAAGGUAUGA